CGCCACAACUGAACUCCUUCACUUUCAACCACCAUGGCAAGACGCUUGUACCUUGGCAGACUUCCCCCCGAUGCCCGUUCUGAUGACGUGGCUAAGUUUUUCGAUGGCUAUGGCCGUAUCAUUGACUGUCGUGUCAUGACCGGUUCGUCGGACAAGAGGCGCGCGCCAAAUGCGGAACUCACUGGACCUCCAUCAGGAUUCGGUUUUGUCGAGUUUGAAAGCUCAAAGGAUGCUGAGGAUGCUGUGCAUCAUUUCAACGGCAAGCCAUUCAUGGGAGCCAAUAUCGUGGUUGAAUUCGCAAAAGAAAGUCGCCCCCGCCGGGAUGUCUAUGAGAGCGACCGUGGCUUCGGGGCCGCUCGCUCCCGCAGGCCUCCCGGUAUCCGCCUCAUUGUUUCGGGUAUUUCUCGCGACACUAGCUGGCAGGACUUGAAGGACUUUGGACGCGAGGCUGGUAGCGUGUCGUUUGCUGACAUUGAUCGUGAUAACCCUGGCCAGGGUAUUCUUGAAUAUCUAUCGCGAGAUGAUGCAGACCGUGCCGUCAAGGAUUUGGACGGUAAAGACCUGCGCGGUAGACCUGUUCGCGUUGCUUAUGAUGAUGCCCGUGGUGGACCUGAUAACUACAGGCGGGAGGAUCGUCGUGAGGAACGUCCUCGUGACGACCGAUACAAAGAAGAACGCUACUACAGGGAUGAUCGUCCAUCCUAUCGCCGCGAGCGAUCUCGAUCGCCUCCUCGUCGCAAUGAUUACGAUGAUCGUCGCCCCAGGUCUCCGCCUCCGCCGCGGAGGGAUCCUGAUGAGAGAAAACCUGCAGGGUACGAUGAUUACCGACGGGGAGGUUAUGAUGAUGACCGCAGAGCCCCUGAUUAUUAUUAUGACCGUCGCAGGGACGAUGAUCGGCGACGUGAAGACCGCAGUGGCAGACGCGACGAGAAGGACGAUCGGUACGACGACAGGGCAAUGAGGCACGCAAAUGGCGAUGGUGGAUGGGCGCGUUAAAGGAUAUAGGCAGCCGCUGGAUAUUUUGCACUUGGCCGAGGGGCACCCCGUCCGUUAUUGGUUUCCUCCUCUUAUGAUGGUCAUGGUCUCCUCGAGGUUGGCGUUGGCGUAUGUUGGGUCGAACCGGAGAACUGUUUUUUGUCUUACAGAGGUCAUUUCCCUCUUGGUCCGUAUGUCGAACGAUUAUGGUCCCGAAUUUGGCGUGGAACCUGUACGUCAGCUGAAGGAGAUCCCAGGCAGCGCGUGAGAAUUGACGUGGGCAUCAUCUUCCGA